AUGACUCUGAUGAUUUUUUUUUUCAUGUUUAUCGUUGCAUCUGCCACUGAGAAGCUGUGUCCCCUUCGUGCCUCCAUUGAUGUGCUAGAAGGGGAAUAUUUUUUCCUUUGUUAUCUUGAGUCAAUGCAAGAACAUUUUCAGGAAGAAGCUUACACAAUAAACUGGUACAAAGAAAAUGCUGGAAAGCAGCAACUGAUAAAGGAAACACACAGAAUUGUUUCCCAAAUGAAUUUUCUGGAGUUUUGGCCAGCUGAACUCAGUGACUCUGGAAAUUACUCUGUCACUCACAGCAAUGGAAAACAAAAUUUCACAAUUCAAAAGUGGACCUUGAAUGUACUUGAAAGAAAUAAAAGCAGCUGUUUCAACAAAAAUCAUUUAACUACAGAAAUUAAAAAUGCUGGAACUGGUCAUUCACUGAAAUGCAGUGAUUUGUCUGUCAAUGAAAAUGACAGCAUAACAUGGUACAAGGACUGUAAGAACUAUGAAAAUGAAACAGAGCGGGAACUGGAUUUUAAAACCUUAACAGUACAGCACUCUGGGAUAUAUACCUGUAAAAUUUUAAUCAGUCAUGAAGGAAAGAUGUACCACAGCACAAAUACAAUUAAGCUGGUAGUAGAAGAAGAUGCACCAGAGGCUGUAACUUUGGAGAUAGUUGGACGCGACGAAGAAAUUGAAACAGAAAUAGGUAAAGAAGAGAUACUGAAUUGCACAGGUUUCUUGGGUUAUUAUAUGCGAGAAGAUGCCAGCCUCUACUGGUUAAUCAAUCAAACGUUUCCAGAAAAAUGCUCGGGUAUCCCCGAGAAUGAACCUUCAAUAUGUGAAGAAGAGUUCAAAAAAUUACAGUUGGGAAACAAGUUCUAUGUCACAAGGCUACUACGGAUUAAAAAAGUAACAGACGAGGACAUGCAUCAUAAUUUCACCUGCAUGUUGCAAGCUGAUGAAAGAACACAAACAAAAAUAGUGAAAUUGAAGAAAGGGAACACCCGAGAUCUGCCUGUGCACAUAUUUACAACUGGAAUGGUCCUUGCUGUACUAUUUCCAUGUGUUGCGGUAGCUGUGGUGUUUGUCUGUGUGAUGUUUAGAGUUGACUUAGUUCUAUUUUACAGGAACAUACGCAGAAGAGAUGACACUGCUGGAGAUGGAAAAGAAUAUGAUGCAUUUGUGUCUUACCUGAAAGACUGUGUUUCUCCUACUGAAGAAGAGAGAGAAUUUGCUUUGAAGAUAUUACCCAUGAUACUAGAAGAAAACUUUGGGUACAAGUUAUGUAUAUUUGAGAGGGAUGUAUCCCCUGGAGGAGCGGUUGUUGAUGAUAUCCAUUCAUUCAUUGACAAAAGUCGAAGAUUAAUCAUUAUACUGAGCCAGAACUACGUUUCUGACAGAGCCAUAUACGAACUUGAGAGUGGACUGCAUAAAGCCCUAGUUGAAAGGAAAACUAAGAUCAUAUUAAUUGAAUAUAUGCCUAUAAGUGACUACAAUUUCUUGCCAGAAUCACUGUCUCUUUUACCAUCAAAGAGGGUUGUGAAGUGGAAAAAGGAUAAAUCUCUUCCCUUGAAUUCCAGAUUUUGGAAGAAUCUUCGGUACCUGAUGCCAGCAAAACCUACCAAGAUAAACACCAAAGGGCACUAUAAUAAUCUUGAUCUAGACUUAGAAGGGGCUAAACCACGGACUGAGGGCUGUGACUUUAAUGCAGUCGUAUAA